AUGGUCACAAGAAAACCCGUAGGACCGCCGAUAUCUACGGCACAAGCUUCGUCCGCGAGUAAUGCCGCUCCGCCAUAUCCAACCACUCCCACCAACGAAGAACCCCCGACCGCCAGUAGCGUUUAUUCCGAAGACUUGAAGACCAGCCCAGCUUUCGAUUUGAUCGACAUGAAUGACGCUCAAAAACGGCCGCAACGGCGAGACUCCGAUGUUAGUUCACAUGGGACUUGGGAUUCCGACGGCACAGAAAGAGACGACGAUACUCCCGAAGACGAUGUCGAAGUUCCCAAACCGUUGAACGUGGGGUUAUCACAGCAAGGAAUCGACGAGGAGGCGGGGAAAGAGCAUAAGUCUGAAGAGCUACCUGCAAUAUUGAAGCCAGGUCCAGCGAACGGCGUUUCUCACGGCGUGGGCACGCGAGCAAAAGAGAGCAAGCAAUAUGAGGAGGAGAGUCAUGGUAAUCCAUGGCAGUUGGAGAGCAAUAAUCCAUAUCUGCAGAAGACGCAAGCACCGAACGGCCCGAAUGGAUUCAUGGAGAACAGCCAGAAGGUCUGGGAGCAGCCCAUCCAAGCGAAAGCCGAGCCUCAACAACCUAGUCAAGGUCCUCCGCCACCACCUCAGGCGCCGCCUCCUGUGCCACCCGUCGAGCUGUCUGCAGUCAAAUCGCCUACGGAAGAGAUGUCCAGGAUGUCAUUGGGAGAGCAUCGGGAAUCGGCAGGUACGGCAGCGUCGUGGGAGACCGCAGAGAUUCUCAACGUACCUCAGAAAGGUCAAUAUCCCCUAUCGCCUGUUGCACGAGUACCUUCUGCAGAGGCACAAGCCUUUCCGUUGUCGAAUCCAUGGUCAGAGGGCGCUUCGAGCUCGGCGACCGCACCUGUUGCUCCACCGAAAGAAGCUCUCGCCUCGACAGGACAACCGCCGCCGUUUGAAUUUCAGCCACCGCCUGGCCCACCUCCCGGCCAAUCUGGACCUUUGAUUGAUCAUGCCGAACCAGCAAGACUGCCUCCGAUAUCAACUCAGAUGCAGACCGAACCACCCAUUCGAUCUCCCGAAUCUGGUGCAGAGACUCCAGGGACGCGAGACAAGAGAAAGCGCAAUGAAAUCUACCAGAUAAAGCAUGUCAAUUGGUACGAUUCAGCGUCAGGUAAAGCAAGCAUGCGCCGGCUGCCUGUGCUCACCCAAAAUGAGAACGGCCCUUGUCCGCUGUUAGCUUUGGUCAACGCUUUGGUACUGAGCACGCCGGCAGGUCUAGACACCCCGCUCAUUGAGGCUCUUCGUACGCGCGAAACCAUCAGCCUAGGAUUCCUGCUUGACGGCGUGUUUGACGAACUUAUGUCCGGGAGGAGAGGGGACACGGCACACGCACUGCCUGACGUGAGUGAACUCUAUGCUUUCCUGUUGGCAUUACAUACCGGCAUGAACGUGAACCCACGAUUCAUUACUCCUGCAGCUACUCCGAGAGGGUCGCUGGAUGGACACCCGCCUGAGUUGCAUGGCGUGCAUCCGACGGAGCGUUCACAACACAAGCCAGGCUGCUUUGAAGAGACGAGGGAAAUGAGACUAUACAGCACAUUCAGCAUCCCAUUGAUCCAUGGCUGGACAGCGCCUAAGGAUACUCCUGUCUAUCAAGCUUUCCAGAGAAAUGCGCAAACCUUUGAGGAUGCGCAAAAUAUACAAUUCGCUGAGCCAGAAUUGGAAGAUAAAUUGCGUACAGAAGGGCUGGAUUUCAAGGAACAACAGCUACUGGAAGACAUUCAAAUUAUCAAGAGCUUUCUUCACACAUGGCCGACCCAGCUGACAGAUUACGGACUGGAAACCAUAUCAAGGAGCUUGCAUCCUGGUCAGCUCGCCAUCUUAUUCCGGAAUGAUCAUUUCAGCACCUUGUACAAGGAACCACGACACGGUGCACUAAUGACACUGGUCACGGAUGCUGGCUAUAGUUCACACGACGAGAUUGUCUGGGAGAGCUUGGUAGAUGUGAAUGGAGCAGCCUCAGAGAUGUUUAGUGGUGACUUCCGCGUUGUUAGCCACGGCCAGGAUGCGAGAUUGAACCAAAGCAAUUCCGGUGGCGGUAACGACGGUUGGCAGACAGUAUCAAGUAGGACUAGGUAUCACCGCCAGCAGCCGUCGAAGUCGAAUGCAAAUGACCGAGCAAGUGAAGAGGCACCGCCGCCACUCCCCGGACCGCGACCUUCAUCCCAGCAGCCAGAUGCAGAGCUUGGCAUAACGCAGACGGAGGGACAAAGGAAGGCCAGUGAGCAGGAAGAUCACGAUCUUGCGCUCGCUUUACAAAUGCAAGAAGAAGAGGAAGAGCAACAACGCCAAGCUGAAGCUCGUCGACGUCGAGAACAAGAGCUCAGCGAGCAGUUUCUCUCUGGUGAGGAACGCCCUCCGGCUAUACCUCCUAGGCGAAAUCAGCAGCAUGGGCGCAGCAGCACGACCAAUGUUCCCGUCACUGGUGGUCCAGGCCGGAACACUGGACCUUCAGCGCGACCUGCCGUGAAUCGACCUGCAGCUACCGACGAUCCCGAUGCACCUCCAACAUACGAGCAGUCUGCGAGCGAUCGACCUUACCGCCCUGCCGGCGCCACAGCGCCUCCUUCUCAAGGCAACCCUCUCAAUGCGCUUGAUCAUCUGCGUAGGCAUCAGAGCGCUUAUGCCCAGCAAAGCAAUACGUCCGUCAACAGCGCAGGUAUGGGCCCGCAGCACGUACGGAGGACCAGUCAAGGGAAUAGAAUUCAGCGGCGGAGUAGUCAACCGCAGCCACAGCAAACGCCGCCUUAUUCUCCCGGAAGACCACAAGUUGGUGGUGCGCCUACUGUUAGGGACGCCGAUGAGCGGUGUGUCAUCAUGUGA